AUGGGCGGCGCGGCAGUAGUCGAGCCGGCUCGGCGGGUCCCACUGCUGGGAAACAGGAACAAGCGCAAGGCACGCGCUGCAGCAGCGGGUGAUUAUAAGCCGAAUUUAGAACGACCCGUGGACGAGAGCGAGGAGAGGGAGGUCGUGAUUCUUCCAGCGUCGUUCAGCCGCGAGCUCGCUCGGCCUCCUCUUCUACGCCCACCGGAGGUCGCGGGUUCGAUUCCCUUCGACGCCACUGUAGCCCGGGGGAACGGCGGCAUGGCGGAAGGCGCGGGCGGAAGCGCUGGUGGAUGUAGGCUGAUGUACGGAGUAGUAGGCGGGGAGAUGGUGUCGGCGGAAGAGGGUGCGGGCGGGGGGAGCGCGCAGUGGGGCGCAGGGGGAGGGGACGAGGCGGAGGGGGGCGAAGGGGGGGAGCAUGAGAGCACGGCGGCUAAGAAGCUCCAGAAGGCUGAUAGAGAGAAGAUGCGGCGGGAUCGACUCAACGACCAAUUCAUGGAACUCGCGAGUGUCCUCGAUCCUGACCGUCCGAAGAACGACAAGGCGACGAUUCUGAGCGACGGGCUGACAAUGCUUCGCGAGCUGCGCGCGAACGUGAACCGUCUGCGCGCCGAGCACAGCGCGCUCGUGGACGAAUCGAAAGAGCUGGCGGCGGAGAAGUCGGAGCUGCGGCAGGAGAAGGGCGCGCUGAAGGGCGAGGUGGACGCGCUCAAGGGGCAGCUGCACCACCGCAUGUCCGCGCUCCUGCCCUGGGCCACUGCGCCUCCCUCCGCCACUGCGCCCGCCGCCGCCACUGCGCACCCUUCCGCCACUGCGCCCCCCGCCACCCCCGCCGCCCCUGCUCCCACCGCUUCCGCUGCGCCUCCUCCAGCCGUCCGUGUUCCUGCUGCCGCCCCUAUUCCUGCUGGUGCGCCUUCUGGUGCUGCCCCGCCCUCCCGCCCUCCUUUUGCUGCCCCCGCGCCUGCGUCCGCUCCCGCUCCAUCCGCCACUCCCGCUUCCUCCCCUCCCCCCGCCGUUGCCGAUGCUGCUUCCGCGCCUUCCAUGCAAUUUCACCCGCAGUUUCGCCCUCAGAUGCUGACGUCACCGCUGCACAUGCAGCAAGGGGUGCAAGCUAUGAGCCAGCCUGGCAUGCUGACCCACUUGCAGCAACUGCCUGGGCAGGGCAGCAGUGCAGGGGGCGGAGGGGGGCCAGCAGAGAGAGGGAGUGGGGGAGGGGGAGGGGGAAGCGCAGCAGCGGGGGAGAGUGCAGGAGGGGCAGGGGGAGCAGGAGGGGCGGGGAGUGCAGCAGGGGCAGGGAGUAUGCCUCACUGGCUGUGGGCUGCAAGCCACAGACCAGCUUGA